AACUCGGACUACUGCAACCAGUUUAGUUUCAACUUGGCAAAACAAGUUAUUUUUCUCACAAUUCUAUUAUAACACUGCUAUUUARGAAGGUAAUUGGGAAGAGCAUCUGUCUGGGAUGUCAGAUGGGAGGACAGCAAGGGACAGAUAAGUCAAACAGGCUUUAUUAACAUCAACUGUUAUUGUGGUAGCCAAAACUUCGUCCUUGCUCAUUUGCAGUCCAAUGGCCGAUAACAAGAYUCAUGUUUUUUAAUGUGCUCAGGUGGUUCUAGSCUAUAACGGUCACAAAAUUGAACAAGGCAUUGUCGGGAACGCAAAAUUUGUUUUUCUUCUUUGAAACUUGUUUAAAGACGCGCUGAAAUAGCUUAUUUUCGCGCCAAAUAAGACGCCUGUCUAUAAAGUCGAMCAAGAAGACGAAGUCAUGUCGAUACCGGUUAAGUCGUAACUUAGUUCAAAGUCUAAACAAAAUCUCCUAGGUUAUGUUGACGCUUGUUACGAAUCUUGUAUUGAGGUUAAAUUAGUUGCUAAGUCACCGGUGUCCUUGACCGAGUACUUGGUGGGAAUUGAAAAAGGACAACGUACAACUAGAGUUCACUAAAGACUUUCAACACAARCCUGAAACUGAUAGUAAAGUCCUACAAUGGAUUUGCCCUCACAGUUGAUAGAACUUCGUAAGGAAAAUGAACGUCUAUCAAAGGAAAUGGAGGCCAAAGAAGCAAAGCUCAGCUCGAGUAUGCGAAGUAUUAAGAUGUUUUGGAGUCCAGAGUUGAAGAAGGAGAGGGCUGCGAGGAAAACCGAGGCUGAUAAAUAUGCCCAACUCAAGGAACAAUUCAACGUUGUUUCCAAAGAAUCUCAGCAAAGGGUUGAAACAAUUCAAGACCUUCAAGAGCAGCUAAAGAAAUUACGCCAGUCCAAUGGUGCURUGAAUUCUGUGUCCCCAGCAUCCUCCCUAGGUCUUCUCUCAUCACAAGAAGAUCUUCAUAAGGAGGUUGAGUCUCUAAGAUUUGAGCGUGAACUUCAGGAAAAYGAGGGCUUUGUUCUCCAAAAGACCAUAGAUGAACUAAGUACAAGGCUAGAAAACCAACAGCAGGCUUUGAUAGCUAAGGAUGAGACAAUAACUAGAAUGAUGGAUAUGUUGAAGAAAAAUCAAGAGAAUAAAAAUGCAGUGGCAAAGCAAGAAAAUGAAARAAAAAUAAUAGAAAAGUACAAGGCUGAGGUGGAUGAGCUAAAGGCUCUUAUGGAUGAAAAAGAAAAGACAAUAUCCUCAUUGCAAGAAGAAAUUGGUAAUGUAAAAAUCAGAAAUGUCAGUGAUGAGUUGUGCCAGUCUGCAAACCUGCUAGCAAAAGAUAGUCAAAUUGCUGAUUUGGAAGCACAAGUAGAAUUUCUCAAAACUGAAAUUGCAAACUCAAAAGAUGAUGAUGCAAAAAGAAAUGAAGAAAGAAAACAGGCAGAAGUCUAUCAGAGUCAUUCACAGUUUCUAAAAUCAAAGGUAGAAUCACUUAAAGCAGACAUUGCCAAGAAAGAAGCAGCCUUAAAUUCAUCAGAAGCAAAACUGGAAACAUUCAAAGCCCAUCAUUCAGAUCAACAACAGCACAUCAGUGUCCUCCAGUCAUCUCURCAAGCCAAAGACCACCAUAUCAAAAACCUGCAAAGUGAGCUUGAGUCCCUACGAAGCCGUUUGGAUGAUCGUGAAUUGUGUUUGAAGGACAAGGAAAAGAUGCUUGACGCAAUGAGCUCAGAACACUCUGAAAACUCGUAUGAAGUGGAAAAUCUAAAGAGCAUAAUUGACACAAAGGAAAGACAAGUGGCUAACUUGAGAGAAAGGUGCGAAUCUCUUGAAACUGAGCUGAUAGAUAGAGAUGGCAGUACGUCGACACUACGAGCUCAGUUGUCUUCUCUUCGCGGCGAGCACCAAGAUUCCGCUACCACAAUUACAAACCUAGAGGCAACCAUAAAGGACAAAGACCGCUACAUUGAAAUGUUACAAACUCAACGCCAGCGAAAUAAUAUAGAACURAACGAAGAGGUCGAGAACUUGAAGAGAACUAACGAGAAACUUGAAUCUAAAGUCACUUCUUUGAGAGAUGAACUYUACAAGAAAGAGGAUGCCAUGACCCACAUUGAGAAAGAAAAGUCCACUCUACAGUCUUUGGCUCAAGAGAAAUCAGCUCGUGUUGAAGCUUUAGAACAGACCAUUAAGCGAUUAGAGCGAGAUCUUGAUGAGAGCACAAGUCAUAAAGACAAACUGGCAUCUGAACUAAGCACCAAGAAGCUUGAGCUAACACGUCUAGAAAAAGAAAAGAAGAAUGUAACUAAAGAGGUUGAAAACAUCAAAGUUGCUCAAGAGACAAGUGUCAGAGAAGAAGUACAGAAAUUGAAAGAGGAUUGUACAGCCAAAGAUCGACAGAUUGACGAUCUGGAAAAACAAAUAAAAGAAUUAAACAAAAAAGUGGCUAAUAUUAAAAGAAGUAACCAACUGGAGAGGGAAAAACAGGCCCAGUUACUCAAUGAAGUUAAGAAACAGGAAGAUCAGAACGAUGAAAAAGUCGACGAAAUAAAGAAAGAGAUCAAGAACAAGGAUGAGCGAAUUGCCGUCCUAGAGGAAGCCCUCAAAGAGAGUGUAACAAUAGCGGCAGAACGAGAGGAACUUCUAGCUCAGCAAGCACAYAGUGCAGAAACAGCAACUCAACGCGUUGAAGACAUAGAAAUGGAGUUAGACAGAACUCAUUUGGAGAUGGCUAUAACUAAUACUAAGAACGCUUCUUUGCUGCUGGCACUAAACGAAAACGACGCUAUUUUGAACUAUUAUAAGUCUGAAAGACGUCAUAAUCUUGAGGAAAAUCUGGAAAUGAGACAAAAUGCUCUCUUGGCGACAAUCUCUGAAAAAGACGCAAACAUUGCUUUAUUGGAACUAACACCAACGAGGAACAGUGAACAUGAGGUGGUCGUUUUAAAACGUGAGAAAGAUAAACUUGUCAACGAAUUAAAAGAUCAGACUCAGAAAAGAAUAACUCUGAUUAACAAUGAAGAUAAUAAAGAGGUUCGUAUCUCGAUGGAGCUGUUGCAAGCACCUAAAGACAAGGUCAUAGAUGCUGUUGCUCUAAUAGAGGAUAGCAUGGAGAAGCUUCAACUAUACGCGGACGAUUUACUCGAAGUCGCCAAAGCACAUUUUCCUGAAGUCUCCAGGAAGUUACCUAAACUUAUGUCACGUGACUACGGGAAAUAUGAAACCGUGGUGAACAAAGCCAAUGAAAAUGAGCGACGGUCUCUACUAGAAAAUUUAGAAAAAGAUAUGCAAAAUCUCCAAGAUUACGUUCAUAAGUUACUAGAACUCGUGGAAGAUUAUACAGACUCGAAACCAUAAACUACCAAAUCGUGUUGUCAUUGCUAUAGUGAAUUUCGUCAAUCCAAUUUUACCGAUAAGGUGACAGUUGAGAAUGCCCUGCAGGAAAAUGUGGAAAUGCACUAGGUCUAUAGUUCUAUUAGUUUUAGUCAACAAUCCAUGUAAAAWAUUUGGAAAAAUGUAGCCUUUAUACAAAACGUUUUUUACGAUAUGAUAUUUGUGAGAGCGCGAGUUACAGUGCAUUUUCAAGGCCAGGAACUCUCUUCUAGUUUUCGUUUCUUUUUUGUUAGUUUUUCAUAAAUUGAAGCAUUUGCAUGUACAGUGCUUAUCGUAGCCUAAUAACAGAUCUUUUAUACUGCUAUUGCAGUGGUUAUCCCAUCAAAAUAAUACGUUUGAAAAAAAAGAAAACUAAGUCUUAUCGGUAAAAUUAGGUCUAAGCCUACAUAAAAUAUUUUCUUAAACUAUUUUCAAAUGGAAAGUUUUGAAAAUCGUACUAUUWACUGAAAUCUCAAUUUUUGAACAUUUUCUUAAACAAAAACAAAAAAUACUUUGUAUCAACCGUUUGGUACUUAAAUAUAAUCUAUUUACGAAUGSAUUGUUGGAGGGAAUAAGAGACUGCGUUGCACAACGCUGGAUGUAACGCAGUCUGAGAGAAUGGAGAAUGACACUGAAUUGUUAGAUUUAUGUUGCGCACAAGUGACCACACCUACCUUAAGUCAAUGGGSUUUUACAAAAUAGUGUCCAGAAAUGGAAAGAUGACGUUAUGUAGGUGGAUUGGAUUAACUUCCAGCUUUUCACCAGCUUUUCUUUAGAAAAUAUUUUAUAUUUGCUUCCAUUUUUAAACUAUUUCUAGUGCUUAGACUUKAAACUUUGCCAUUUUACUUACAUGAACCUUAUCUUUCUGUAUAAAUGGCCAUCAUUUUUUGAAACUUCUAAGACUGCAGUCGAAUCUCCACUUGUGGACGCUCUCUAAAGCGGAGAUCUGUUCGAGAUCUCGUUUUUUCUUCCAUGCAAGAACACCCAAAUGUACUCGGACAUUUUCGUAAGCGAACGUGAAUUCCCAUUGACUUAAUUUUCUAUUCUUUUCGAGCUCUCGCAACUGAACUAGCCCUCUUCAGUUUUUCAACUUCUCAUAAUAAAGAUUGCUAACUAAUGUAAUCACUAAAGUAAACGAACUGUGUCUUUAUAAAUAGGGGCCUACUGAAAAUGUGAAGUUCUAUCUUUUGAAUUGAUACACCUACUUGCAGAAACGUUGUCAUAGAAAAUAGAACAUUCGAAUUUAGUAAAAAGGAAUAAAUUAAAACAAGACAAAAGAAAGCGUUCAGCCUCAGUGAUCAUCCUUYGUCUUUUUAAUUUAUUCCUUUUUACUAAAUACRAAAGUCCUAUUUUUUUAUGACAACKUUUUCGCAAGUAGGUGUAUUCCCUUAGGAAURUUCUCAAAAGCGGAUACCGUUUUCCAUGGUUGUYCGGUUACGAGAGAUUGAACUGAGAUGCAUAUCCAAAAAUCUAUAAACAUUGUUUUUUUUAGUGCAGUGGACGUUCUAUUGCUUCCAUUCACCUCCUACAAUAAACCUUUUUGUAAUAUCUGUGUGAGAGUUAUAUACAAUAGAUUUGUUAGUUAAUAGCGUAUUUU